AUGUUCGAAAUGGUGGAACCGAUUGAUUCAGGAGCGCGGAUCAAGGCUAUCGGUAUCGGCGGCGGUGGCGGCAACGCGAUCAACACCAUGGUCGAGGUGGGACUCAAGGGUGUGGAUUUCAUCGUGGCCAACACCGACAGCCAGGCGCUGGACGCGAGCAAAGCCGACAUCAAGGUCCAGAUCGGGGACUCCCUGACCAAGGGACUCGGGGCCGGCGCCAAUCCGGAAGUGGGCCGCCGCGCGGCGAUGGAGGACAAGGAGCGCAUCCGUGAAUACCUCACGGGCGCGGACAUGAUCUUCAUCACCGCGGGGAUGGGCGGAGGCACGGGUACCGGGGGCGCGCCGGUCAUUGCCAGCGUGGCGCGGGAAGUGGGGGCGCUCACGGUGGGCGUGGUGACCAAGCCCUUCAUCUUCGAAGGGAAGCGCCGCAUGCAACAGGCGGAAGAAGGGAUCCGGGAGCUCAAGGACAAGGUCGAUACCCUCGUGGUCAUCCCGAACCAACGGCUUCUCAGCAUCGCCGGCAAGUCCACGACGUUGCUGGAGACCUUCAAGGUGGCCGACAGUGUGGUGACGCAAGCGGUCCGGGGAAUCGCGGACCUGAUCGUCACACCCGGGCUCAUCAACCUCGACUUCGCGGACAUUCGCACGGUCAUGAAGGAGAUGGGAUUCGCGCUCAUGGGGGCGGCCUCCGCUACGGGCGAGAACCGGGCGAUCGAGGCAGCCCAGCAGGCCAUCUCCAGCCCGCUGCUGGAGGAUGUAUCCAUCAACGGCGCCCGCGGCGUCCUGAUCAACGUCACCGGCGGUCCGGACAUGAGCCUGUUCGAGGUCAACGAGGCGGCGACCCUGAUUCAGGCUGAAGCCCACGACGAUGCGACCAUCAUUUUCGGCGCGGUGAUCGACGAGAGUCUCGAAGACGAGCUUCGGAUCACGGUCAUUGCCACGGGGUUCGGCGACAGCGGAGUCCGGAUGCCGGAACCGACUCCGACGGAACAGCGGCAAGCGCCAACGCAGAAGCAGGGGUCGCUGGGGCUGGGUCUCAGGGACACCAAGGGCAGGAAGGUCGUUCACCUCGGUACGCUGGAGGAUGACGGGUUCGGCGAGCCUAACUGGCAGCGCGGGGAUUCAGGGAAGGAUUCAGGCACAUCGAAAGUCACCUACGACCUCAAGGAGGAGGAGGUGACCGAGGACGACUUCGAUAUUCCGACGUUCUUGCGCAAGCGGAUGGACUAG